ACCGACAAAGUCGGCUGUCAUGCUCGCGUAAGUGGCUCGAUUAAUGGGUAUAUAUAAUUUGCUUGCAUUUGAUUUCUUAGCCCAGUUUAACGAAACAUCUCGACCGUGCAUCACCAAUUUUACUCGUACUAAAAUACGUUAUGGAUCAGAGUAAACAUAUACCUUAUUCUCGGACCGGUGAUAAGGAAGAAGAUAAGAUAUUGUUGGAACCGUUUACUUACAUCCUCCAAGUUCCUGGAAAACAGAUCAGAGCAAAGUUAGCACAUGCCUUCAAUUAUUGGUUAAAAAUAUCACAGGAUAAACUACGAGCAGUCGGGGAUAUAGUACAACUACUUCAUACCUCUAGCUUACUAAUUGAUGAUAUUCAAGAUAAUUCAGUUUUAAGAAGAGGUAUCCCUGUAGCUCAUAAUAUUUAUGGGACAGCGAGUACAAUAAAUGCUGCAAACUAUGUAAUAGUUAUUGCUUUGGAAAGAGUGCUUGCUUUAAAUCAUCCAGAGGGUACUCAAGUAUAUGUGGAACAAUUAUUGGAACUCCAUAGAGGACAAGGUAUGGAAAUUUAUUGGAGAGAUAAUUAUAUUUGUCCAUCUGAAACUGCAUAUAAACAGAUGACAAUUAGAAAAACAGGUGGACUUUUCAAUUUAGCUGUGCGAUUAAUGCAACUAUUUUCUGAUUGUAAAGAAGACUACACUCCUUUAGCAGGAAUUUUAGGACUUUACUUUCAGAUUAGAGAUGAUUACUGUAAUUUAUACCUUCAAGAAUAUGCUGAAAAUAAGAGUUACUGUGAAGAUUUGUCAGAAGGAAAAUUCAGUUUUCCUAUUAUCCAUGCUGUACAAAAUCACUCGGAAGACAGACAGAUAAUGAACAUUCUCAGACAACGAACUAAGGACAUUGAGGUAAAACGAUAUUGUGUAAAUUUAUUAGAAAAGUUUGGGUCUUUCGCUUAUACGCGAAAUGUACUUGAAGAGCUAGAUAAAAAAGCUAGGGACGAAGUUCAACGUUUAGGUGGGAAUCCUUUAUUAGUUGACGUAUUAGAUGAACUAAUGAAUUGGAAACAUCAAAAUACUCAACAAAAUAGAAAAGCCACAGUUUAAACUGUAUUGCUCUUUUCUAAAAAGUGUAAACAGCAUGUCAAAACAUGUCAACUUUGGUUAAUAUAAGAACAUAGGUCAAAAGAAGUCGGGAGAUCCUUUAUCAUUUUGCAAUUUGUGGCUUCAUUUCCAAAAUAUAUACUACCGAGCGAUUUUACAACUUCUUUGUAUUCCACAGUCCCCCUGGUGUGGGUACAUCUGCCCAAGUAGGUUCAAAUGUGUUAAAUCAAGCAUUCAUUUUAGUUUUAUAAAUUUAAUUGAACUUAUUGCAUUGCAAAAUGGUAAAGAACUUCUUGUUUCCUGGGAGAAAUUUUGCAUACUUCGACUUGCUGCUCAUUUUUGGGAUACCCUCUGUACAUAUUUAAUUUAUACUGUUCCGUUUUAUUACCUAUAUACAUUUAGGAAAUGAAGUGUUCUUUGCUGCAGUACAAUAUGUGUAAAGGAAAGGUAAUUAUAAACCAUAAAAAUUUAAAUGAAGUCAACAUAUGUAUCUAAACAAAAAGUUGCUAUUACCAUAACAAAAUUAUGACUGUAGUUAAAGUUCACAUAUUUGGUACCACAUACAACAUGCCAUAUUGAUGCAUUAAGUAUUAUAAAAUAGUUGUUGAAUACAGAUAGUAAUGGAAAACAGCAUGUAAAAAAAUUAUUUUAGAUUUUUUAUAAAAACGAUUAUAAAUAUUAAUAGAUCUUCCGACAUUGCAUUUGUUAACAUGCAAAUCUUGACUAUACAGAUUUGCAUUCUUCAAAUUAACCCUUAGAGGGUGAGUCACUGAUACAGUGACACGAACUGCAGAGUCAGGUCUACUGAUCUAACAUACGAUUUAACUAUUCCAAAUAUUGUUUUAAAUAUUAUUUUUUCAAUACAUCAACAUUCGUUUAACAAUUUAAUACCGAAUAAAUAUUUCAUAGGAUUGGGUUAUAAUCGACUGAGCUUCAUUAUUCGAGAGUUAAUUACACUGUAUGAAUUGUGUAAAGCAUUUGUUUUGAAUAGGAAACAUUUAGACUACUGCUUUUGUUAUGAAAGGACCUUAAUACUUAAAAAAGAUAUUUAUUUGCCAUCGAAUGUAUAUCUUUAAAUUGUUUUAUUAAAGUUGAUCAAAUAACAUUUAAAAUCAUUUUGCUAUUUAGUUGAAGAACUUAAAACUGUAUUUAUGUAUGUUGUGCAACUGUAUAGAAAUAAAAUUAUGGUUUAUGCUUUUGUAUAAGUAAAGAUCUAUGUAAAUUGUGACUAAUACAUAAAUUACCCAUAGUUUAUCUUCGUUGUUUCACCAUAUUUUUGUCAUAUUUGGGGUAAGACAAUAAAAAAUUAAAAUACAAUUUCAUUCUAUUGAACGAAAUCGUUGGAAACUAUUAUGUUUUGCAAUAAUGUUAUUUGCUUUAUCGUUAACUUCUGUACGUAUGAAACAAUUUCAAAUUACCUUGUACAAUAUUACGUAUUAUAUUUAAUAUCAAUUGCUUGUAUUAAUAUUUUACUAUUUAAAUCAUAUGAUAAAACACUGCACAAAUUCAUAAUUUGAUACAGCUGUACUGUUAUAUACAAAAUUAUUUGUAAUAAAUAAAUAUACUUUCAAUAUUUCUUAUUAGAA